AGCCUCGCUGUUCGGCGGCAUGUUGCGUCAACUCUCAACGCUUGGGUAGCGUGAUGCUCUUAGCCUUCACUCAUCUUCCCUUCUGCCACGUACCAUGAGUGCCCCCGAGGAUGAGCAGGAAGCAGUCACCCUUCUUCGUUCUAUUUUCACCGAUAACUGCUUCCUUGUGGCUGCCAUUGCUUUCUAUGUGUUCGAUCGCUGUAUCUGCGCCGGACGUGAGAUUGACCUGAUAUGGAGCCGUGGCUAUUCCUUGGUCUCGGGUUUCUACGCACUGUUAGAAGUGUUCACUGUUCUCUGCUUGAGUCUGACAGCUGCUCAAAACCUUCUGUAUUUGGAUUGCAAGGUAGCAGUUUCUGCAGAGAUUGCACUACAGAUCAUCACUGCUAGCUACAAUGCAGUGAUAGCCGUCAUAGCUGCCUUACGUGUCUAUGCUGUCAAUGGUAGAGAUUGGCGACUAUCUAUCGUUGUCUUCCUAUUGCUCCUUCUGCGCAGUGGUUACGAUGCGUUCCAAGGGAUCAAUAUUAUUGGUGUUGCUGUCCCUCGGCCAGUUGGGUGUGUAGUUGAAACUGCCUAUUCAGUGGCCAUUGCGUUCUAUAUAUUGCGUCAAUAGCUGCCUCAAUGGCUGCGGAUGCUAUCGUAUUCAUUGUCACCUGGCGCCGCACUUACCAUGUGGCACGACUUGCCCGCGAGGCGGACAUCGAGGUGUCUCUCAGC